AGUAAAGGCUUGAAUUGAUUGAUUUCUGUUUACCUUUAUUAUUUGUGAUCCAAACCAACGGCUAUAUCUCUCACUUUUUCUCUCCAUAAACCAUCACGCUGUCUGUUACUCUGUUUGGUGGUGUUGUUUUUCUUCCUUCCUUCCUGGGUUUAUUUUAUUAGGCUUUGCAUUUGGCGCUAGUUUUGCUUGUUUGUUUGUUUGGCUUUGGACUAGCUUAGCUGCUCUCUCUCUCGCUCUCUCUCUCUCUCUCUCUCUCCUUUUUGUUGGAAAUGAUUUGGCUCCACUUACCGCUUGGACUUGCAGCACUGCAGUCUGCACCUUUCUUGUUAUUCCUUGGAUUAUAUUUUUCAACGUUUCUCUAAAGAAAAAAAAAAAAAGUGUGGUGAAUAGUGAUCGAUUGAUUUUCUUGUUAAGGGUAUCUUUGUUUCUCGAAUCUGAAAUCUUUGUUACUAUGAAGAUCUAGUAACAAAGAAAAAAACAAGGCAAAUAAUUUAAAGAUGGUGAGCUCCUCAAACUCAAACAGUGGCACACAUGUACAAUUCGGUGAUACAAGUCACACCAAGAUAUUUGUGGGUGGAUUGCCAUGGGAGACUCAAAGAGACACCAUGAAACGCUAUUUCGAGCAGUUCGGGGAGAUCCUAGAGGCCGUUGUCAUCACUGACAAAAUCACAGCAAGAUCAAAAGGCUAUGGUUUUGUAACGUUCAAGGAUCCAGAAGCAGCAGGGAGAGCUUGUGAAAAUCCUAAUCCUAUCAUUGAUGGAAGGAGGGCAAAUUGUAAUCUUGCAGCCCUAGGAGCCCAGAAGAAUCAUUCAGCCACUCCUCAACCUCAUGAACGUGGUGGUUUGCUGAACCUGAAUGAAACUGAGGAGGGAAUGAAGAAAUCCAGAGCAUCAUCCAGACCCUUUAUCAACACAACCUCUACGUAUUUAUAUUUCCAUCAACACAACCCCCAAUAUGCAUUCCCCUAUUAUUCUGCUUACGGAUAUCCAGUUUACCAGCAGGACAACUAUGCAAUGAUGCAGAGUUAUAAUUACAAUGGAUAUGGUGGUGGCGGCGGUGGUCGGGGCCAACACCACUGCUACCCUAACUCUAGUAAUGCUGCUGGAGGUCCUGGAGGGUAUCAUCCGUUUUAUUUCUAUUCUCCAUCACCUAUGAUGAUUCUUGUACAGCAGCAGCAGCCACAGCAACGGGGCCCAACAACUUCCAACGCCAAACUAGAACCAACGGCCUCCUCACACACACUCACACUCACAGGGAAACAGCAACAGCAUCCCCUCAGACAAGAUCCAACAAGAAGAAGAAACUGACCUGAGAUUACAAAAUCCACUUGUCUUCUCUUCUGUUCCUCUUCAUUAAGGGUUUCAUUUUAUGAAUCUUAUCCAUUCAUUCUUUCA